CUCUGAUUUAGGCCUUACAGGCCUUGCAGCCACUGGGGCUGAAGAACUCUCUUAGAGCAUAUGGCUCUUGACAGCAUGUGGCAACCACAGGCAGCAAACACCAGGGAUGGGUUCGCCACGAAAGCAGACGACCAGGCCUCCCCGCAGGCGCAGGCCUUCCAGACUGCCUCCAUAAAGGAUGGCCCUGCCAAGCGGGCGGUGCGGGUUGGCUGUAACGCAGAGCCAGAGGAAGCUGUCAAAUCAGCAGAGCCCAGGCAGAAGCCCAAACUAGAGGAAACCAAAGCCGUGGUCGUGGACCUUGGCACUGGUUACUGUAAAUGUGGUUUUGCUGGCCUUCCACGGCCCAGCCACAAGAUCUCAACCACGGUGGGCAAGCCCUACAUGGAGACAACCAAAACUGGGAAUAAUCGCAAAGAGACAUUCGUGGGGCAGGAGCUCCUCAACCCAGAGGUUCGUCUCAAAUUAGUUAAUCCUCUGCGACAUGGAAUCAUUGUGGACUGGGAUACCGUGCAGGAUAUCUGGGAGUAUCUCUUCCGACAAGAGAUGAAGAUUGCCCCAGAGGAGCACGCAGUCUUGGUUUCUGACCCACCCCUGAGCCCACACACCAACAGAGAGAAGUACGCUGAGAUGCUGUUCGAAAGCUUCGGCACACCCGCCAUGCACAUUGCCUACCAGUCCCGCCUGUCCAUGUACUCCUAUGGCAGGACCUCCGGCUUGGUGGUGGAGGUAGGCCACGGUGUGUCCUAUGUGGUCCCCAUUUACGAGGGUUACCCACUGCCCAGCAUCACGGGAAGGCUGGACUAUGCGGGCUCUGACCUGACUGCCUACUUGAUGCACCUGCUGAACAAUGAGGGACUACACUUCACUGAGGACCAGAUGAACAUCGUGGAAGACAUCAAGCAGAAGUGCUGCUUUGUGGCCAUGGACCCCAUCGAAGAAAAGAAAGUUCCUCCCAGUGAACAUGACAUCCAGUAUACCCUUCCUGAUGGGAAGGAGAUCCGCCUGGGCCAGGAGAGGUUCCUCUGCUCUGAGAUGUUCUUCAAACCGUCUCUCAUCAAGUCCAUGCAGCUGGGCCUCCACACCCAGACAGUGUCCUGCCUCAACAAGUGUGAUAUCGCCCUCAAACGAGACCUCAUGGGCAACAUCCUGCUCUGUGGGGGCAGCACCAUGCUCCAAGGUUUUCCCAACCGUCUGCAGAAGGAGCUGAGCAGCAUGUGUCCCAACGACUCCCCACACAUAAAUGUGCUGCCUGAGAGAGACACUGCGGUGUGGACUGGCGGCUCUAUUCUAGCCUCGCUACAAGGUUUCCAGCCCCUGUGGGUACACCGCUCUGAGUAUGAGGAACACGGGCCUUUCUUUCUCUUCAGAAGGUGCUUCUGACUGAUGAGGCAAGGUUGCUAUGGUGGCCGGUGCAUCAACUUUGUGACCUGGGUGCACAUCUUAUACAGAGGGAGUUGAGCCAGCACACUUGUUCCGGCAGCAUUAAACA